AUGAUUGAGAAUGCCAUCAGGAGUGGGAAGAUCGAUGCUGGAGAGAGUAACAGAAGAUCAGCCUCGAGGAGGAAUGAGAGUGAGGUGAACAACACGAGCAUGUACAACAAGGGCUACUCAAGUCGAUGUGAUGUGAGUCACCAGAAAGACGGCCGCCAAUCAAGAAAGCUCGUCGAGACAGGAGUUUCCCCAUUCUAUCUAAAGCCCUUACAGCCCCCGUACCCCAAAUGGAACAACGCAAAUGCACAGUGCGACUAUCAUGCGGGAAUCACGAGACAUUCCAUAGAAAACUGUACUGCCUUCAAUAAGGUGGUUGAAAGGCUCAUUAGUAUGGGUGUCGUUAAAUUUGAUGAAGCCACCAAAGCAGAAAAUCCAUUACCGAAUCACACUGAUGGUGGGGUAAAUAUGGUGGGUGAAGACAGAAGAAUCAAGGCAAACAUUGCGGAUGUAAAAACUCCUUUGAGAUGGGUCUGGAAGGAGAUGGUGAAAAGGGGACUAAUCGUCUCAAAAGAAAGUUGUGAAAAGAGGGAAAACUACUGCGAGUUCCACAAUGAAGUGGGGCAUGAAAUCCAAGAGUGUACGGAGUUCAGAGCCUUGGUACAGGGUAUGAUGGAUAAUAAGGAGGUGGAAUUUUGUGAAGGAAUUCAGAGGGAGAAUCAUGUAUGCACGUCAGAGUUGGCGUUGGGAGUCCCGGAGGCUAACCGUCAUGUGGUUAUCAUUUCGCGACCUCAGAACAGUGAGGUUGGGGCACGAAUAACACCAAAGGUUAUCAUUCAAAAACUGGCCGUGUUUACUUACAAGGAUAACAGGAGGGUGAAGGCUCGAGUAGAGCCAAUAAGAGAAGAAACUUCGAUUGGGAAGAAGAAGACGGUCGAACCUGAAUUGUUGGUCAAUGAACCAAUCAAGGAGGAUGAAGCUAGAGAGUUCUUGAAGUUCAUCAAGCAUAGCGAGUACAGCGUUGUGGACCAGCUACACAAACAACCAGCUUGCAUAUCUGUGCUAGCUUUACUCCUGAACUCGGAGGGACACCGAAAUGCAUUACUGAAGGUGCUAAAUGAAACUUACGUGGCUGACGAUAUCUCUGUUAACAAGUUAGAUCGACUGGUCGGCAAUAUAAGCGCUGAUAACUUCAUCUCUUUCAGCGAUGACGAAAUACCACCUGGGGGUAUGGGAUCUACUAGAGCUUUACACAUCACUGCAAGGUGUAAAGGAUGCAUAUUACCGGGGGUUCUGGUAGACAAUGGAUCGGCAUUAAAUGUAUUGCCCCUAUCCACGCUCAACAGGCUACCUGUGGAUAGUUCGCAUAUGAAGUCGUGUCAGAACGUGGUUCGAGCAUUUGAUGGUACUGAGAGGGGGGUCAUGGGAAGAAUUGACAUUCCCCUGUUAAUUGGCCCAACUAUUUAUGAGGUGGACUUCAUAGUUAUGGACAUCAAGCCUUCUUACAGUUACCUAUUAAGAAGGCCAUGGAUUCAUUCAGCAGGUGCGGUACCUUCAUCGUUACAUCAAAAACUGAAGCUGGUAUCAGAAGGCAGGGUUGUGACGAUAGACGCUGAAGAAGAUAUCAUUGCUUCUGUGACCAACGAUGCGCCUUAUCUAGAAACGAGCGAUGAUGCAAUCGAGUGCUCUUUCCGUUCCUUGGAAUUUGUAAAUGCAACAUUCAUCCUUGAGGGGAGCAAGAUCCCGAUGCCGAGAAUAUCAAAGACCACAAGGAUGGGUCUGCAACUGACAGUAGGAAAGGGAGCUUCGCCGAGAAAAGGAUUGGGGAAGUAUCUUCAGGGCAGAGUUGAGGCUCCAGUAUUGAAAGACAAGCAGGACCGUUUUGGCUUAGGAUACAAGCCAGAUGCUAGGCAGAAGAGGAUAGAGCAGGAAAAGAAACGAAUGAGAAGAAGGGCUCGUUUGACCGGGGAUGAAGUUGAAUGGGAACCCAUGACUUUUCCUCACCUUUCCAAAACCUUUGUAUCAGGAGGAUUUGUCUAUCUAGAAAUGCUAGGGGUCAGAAGUAUUAACACGGAGCUAGGGAGUAUUCAUGCCGUGUAUGAAGGAGCGACACGAGGAAGAGCUUUGCCAGAUAUUCGUCCUUACGAGUCGGAAAGGGAGCUAAACAACUGGACUGCAGAAGAAAUACCUGUAGUUUUUAGGAUUUCCUCAGAGUCCCAUGAUAUCAGUGAUGCGAAUGUCACUCUUACAAAUUUAGAGUCUCCUUUUGAACGAAACAUGUGUUUAGAGGGAUCGCAUGAUUUUGAAGACAACGAAGACUGUGGUUUGUCUCCUGACUUGUCAAAUAUGGUAGAAAUGGUUGAGAAACAAAUCCUACCUCACAGGGAAUCAAUAGAAGUCGUGAGCUUAGAGGAGGGUAAAAAGGUGAAGAUCGGAUCAGAUAUCUCUGCAAAGACAAGACAUGACCUCGUUGAAUUACUCCGAGAGUUCAAGGACGUGUUUGCAUGGUUAUACCAGGAUAUGCCAGGGUUGAGUACCGACAUGGUAGUCCAUCGUCUCCCUAUAAGAGAAGAUUGCAAGCCAGUGCAGCAAAAACUCAGAAGGAUGAGGCCUGAUAUCGUGUUGAAGAUAAAGGAGGAGGUCUAA